AUGCUAGAUCUUCCCUUUUUAAUUGAUCACUGGAACAACGAGCAUGAACGUAUUGUAGUGCUGACGGAGAGGAGUUUCUACAUAAUCCGCUACGAUUUCAUCAGUGGCCACAUUCGUGACAGCAAACGCGUCGGACUUGGUCAGCUGAUUUCGGUGACAACCGGACCUCUGGUUUUUCCCACUAAAUCACUCAUGCCUACACGAACAUCACCGGGAGUACAACUUGUCUGGGGAGAUCUUGGCACUGUUACAGCGGCACAAAAAUGGAAUCCCCUCUGUCGCAACAUGCCCUACGUGGUAUUGACACAUCAUCCACUGCUAGUGAAGCAGAACCAACUUCCUAGCGGUCAGUCCAGCGCAAACGGAGCUGGUUAUGGACAGGAUACUAAUGCUGGAACGCUUUACGAUGUCAACAACUUCCUUCAGGCCAUUCGUGAUGCUUGUCCUGGUUCAAAUGUGGAGUUUAAAACCGGUGACAUCAUCAUUGAAAGCUACGGAAACAUCGGAAGUGUUGUAUUCAACCAAACUAGCCUAGGAUUCGCCAAAUCAAAGAUUCCAGUGGCUGAAUAA